UUACUGAGCUCUGGACUCCCCGCCGCGUUGUUAGAAGCUUGGGAACGAACACAAUGGCUGCCAGCCUGCCACGAAGGAAUAUUGUACGCUGUGAUAUCUGAGUUAAAAUACCUAGCUUUUUAAUCGUUUCAUGUUUCGGUAAGCUGCCUUAGAACUUCAUCAACAGCUGAGCUAUGAAGCAUGAGGUUUUGGAAGAUUCAUUCUGGUGCCUUGAUGCGAAAAUCUCUUGCUAUUGCGACAGUACUUUCCGUAUUUAUAAUAUGGAAAACAUUCCAGAACAUGCAAAAUGGUGUAGGUCCCGGUCCAGGUACAAUCACCUUUCCCGUCCAGAGCUGCAGAGGGAUAAACACGAACAAAGAUAGCUCCAUAAUCUCACCGAGAAUUAUGUUUUUCAACUCAUCGGCGACGGUAAACAAGCGAGUUUUAAUUUUGUCCAAAAGGACAGUGGUUAUUGUGCGAGAUCUGUUGCCAAUUUUGGAAGGCAAGCGUAUUUUAUAUGAAAUUCAUCAUUUAGCUGGAGGAGAUAAAGACCUCUUGCCUUCAUUGACCGAGCAAGAUAGGGGAAAAUACGUGGCUAUAAUAUUUACAAGUUUUAGCUAUUAUUUUGGGCUAAGUUUGUGGAAUCGACAUCUUUUGGAUAAUUACUGUCAUGCUUUUGGUGUGGGUAUGAUAUUAUUUAACCUAGGAGAGUCAUCAGGUACUUCUCCAAGUACAGAAUGGUUUCCUUUUAAAAUAUACACAAGUGCUUUGCAAUUUCAAUUGUAUCAUGUUGCCAAGAAUGCAACAAUAUUGAGGCUCGUGAAAGGGAAUAAUGUUUUGGACUCGGAGGGUAAGUUUGACCAGCAUAAAUGGUCAAUUUUUGUCCCACGAAGUGGUACAAAUUUUAUUCAAGAUUUUGAAGUCAUAGCGACGUCAAAUUUUAAUGACGAGACAAUUGAAAAUAAAAUCGGAAUCAGUGAUGAUCCAAAGGGGUUCCCUGUGGUCAUCCACGAUUUAGGAAAGCGUGACAACAUUCAUAGAGUAUACUUUGGUGCUGGUCUGACAUUUUGGCCACAUAAAUUAUUAUUUCUUGAUGCACUCAGCUUCGUGUCACAGCAUAAAUUAGCCAAAGCAUUGGAUCGAUGGAUACAAGUGGAUAUAGAUGAUAUAUUUGUGGGUAGAACUGGGAUACGAAUGAAAAAGGAUGAUGUCAAGGCAAGUAUUGUAUUUGGUAGCCUACAAAAUGCUGCCAGGGAGUGGGUAAAAAACAAAGGGAAGGAUAAAAAAUCACCCAUAAAAAAGAACCAAUAGGUUUUAUCGGUCGGCUGAUAAAUAUCAGGUUUUUCUCAAAGUCAAUAUUGCAAAACCGAGAAAACCGACCGAAGAAUUGUAUAUCACCAUUGGUAUACCAUGCAAUGUAAGACCUAUACACGCAACUGAAAAGUGACGCAGCUUGAUUGGAAUGCAGAUUGCCUGUAACCAAUCUUCUUUUCAUUUCUUGAUGUUGACCUUAGUAUUAUUUUUCGCAGUCCGUUUUUUCUCCUCAUCUUUUCAGGAAAAUUCGAUAUAUUUUCAAAUUUAUGAGCGUGUAUACUGUAUGUGUGUUUGUGUAUUUAAAUAUAUGUUAUAACUGUCUUGCUUGGAUUGGUCUUAAUAAUGGGAUUCUGGACUGUUGAAUACCUUCAACCUUAUUUGUCUUUCAUCUAUGUGUAUAUUCUAAAAUUUAACAUCUAUUUGUUUGUGUAUAAAAGGUAAAAUAUGUAAAGUUAAUAAAUGGAUAGAUAAAAUAAAGGAAUAAACAUUUUCGCUUCAUUUGCCCUUUGGCCUUUAGUUAAUCCAUUAUUGAGUGGCAGCACUCUUCCCCUGACGAGUAAAAAUGUCUGGCGUUAGACAGAGUAAAAUAAUAAAGUAGGGUGCCUCUUGGCGCAUUGCCACUUAAAGGGUUAACAAGGUGCAUGGCAGCACUCUCUCCCUGACAAGUAAAGUCGUCUGGCGUUAGCAGGGCCGUACGCAGGAUUUUUUCACCAGGGGGGUAGUAAGGCCUAUAUGCCGAGAAAAGUCCCAAAUUUGUGUACAGCCCUGGGUGUUAGACAGAGUAAAAUAAUGAAGCAGGGCGCAUCUGGGUGCAUUGCCACUUAAAGGGUUAAUCUUGUGCCUAUACGCAGGCUAUCUACAGUACUCUGUUAUAUCAAUUAUUUAUGGCACAUUCAUCCAUGCUAAAUUGUGCUAACUUGUUGAUUUGUUUUUCGUAUCUAGGCUAUGAUUAUCACUCAACGUACUCUUCAAAAACUUGUGCCAGGUUUUCAACUCAAUCUUGGUUUUUCUGGCAAAUAUUUUGAACAUGGCAGUGCAGAUGAAAAUGAAGGAGACAGAGAGCUAGUGGAAAAUGCUAGUGAGUUUCGAUGGUUUGACCAUAUGUGGGCUCAUAAACAACCACAUAAGGUUGAUAACCUUGAAGCCAUGAAGCAACAAAUGAUGUUGAACAUGGAAUUUGCAAAGGUAUUUGCUGGAACAUGGUUUCCAUUGUCCUUGGAAAUCCUGGAAAGCUGUUGAAUUUCAUUUAAAAUCACAUGGUUGAAAAAUCCUUGAAAAGUUAAUAAAAGUUCUUCAAAGUCCUGGAAUUUCUUCCCUGCUGUGUUAAUAAGGCCAAAAAGUGUACUUGUGUUUCCCUACCCCACCUAGCUUUCGACCACUGAAAUCACUGGCCCUAAUAAUUUUACCUGACAUUUGUUUUAUAAUAUUUAACGAAUCUUUGUGCCAUCUGUGCUGCCCUGAUUGACGUACAAUAUCAUUCUCAUGCAUCAUAAUAGGAAUUUUCCUAAUUCGGCUUAAAAUAUGUUUAAAUUCCUGCUUUCAAAUAAAAUGUCCAGGAGUUUACUGAUUUUUGUAAAAUUGAACUAAAUAAACAUGCAAAUUAAGCACCAUCAUUAACAUUUCUUCACUUAGAAACACAAUAUUCCAGUUGAUACCUCUUACUCAGUGGCUCCCCACCACUCUGGGGUGUACCCUGUUUAUGACAUAUUAUAUGAAGCCUGGAGGGAAACUACAGGUGUUCAAGUUACCUCAACUGAAGAAUACCCACAUCUGAAACAAGCUUGGAGAAGAAGAGGAUUUAUUUAUCAUGAUGUUAUGGUAUUUUUUAUACUAUUAUAGUAUGAGGCUUUAUAUCUUUCUUGCCUUGUAAAAGCAGAGUAAACCUUUUAUUGAGGGUCUCUCAGGGACUUCUGGGAAACAAGGCAUAUUUCGCAAUGGGACCCAGUGAACUCUAUUAUAACUGGAACGAUAACUUUGCUAUUUUUUUAAGUAUUUCUAAAAUUUAUUUAUUCUGGAAGACCACUUGUACUAGUAUCCAAGGGGUACGGUAAAGCCCGACUUAAACAAUUGGCUGAAAAAUAUGAAACUUUUACAUGAAGUAAGACGGGGGUUUUCUUGCUGAAUUUAAUGCAUUUCCGCGCAGGGGCCUGGAUCAUACUACAAAGCGAGCUUUAAUUUCCGCCAUCUUGGCUUCAAAAAUCAAGCCUGUUAUCGUUCCAGUAUUUAGUAUAUAGUUAAUAUAGAGUUCACUGGCGGGAUCACGGGAACAAAACCAUGAAAAUCGUAGGCAACAAGGAAUCAUGUACUGUAAGCUUGUGGAAAAAGGGGACAUAGUGAAAUCUUUGUCUGGAACAUGGGGAAAAAAGGAAAACUUUUCAAGCAAACACGGGAACACAAACCCCCCCUCCCUGGGAGACCCUCUUUAUUGUAGGCAUUAUCAUCAUUAAUUAUUUUGAAGACUUUUCUUUUGCGACUUGCAGGCCAACAAGUACUGUACCCUUCGCAGGAACGUUAAUUACAAAGUAGCGAACUUAAGCCAAGCUUCUAAUACGGGGAGUCGGGAACGUGACAAGAAACUGAGAUUUUACACUUUUAGUUAUAACGACAAAAACUACCGUUAUUAAGCCGUUACAGACGAGCAAGUUUUCUAUGCCAUGUUUUCAUACAGUGACAAGUUUUAUUUGCUCGUCAACUUAGCACAUUUUGCUAUGACAAGUACACUUGUUCAAAAGCUACAGUAUACAGUGCACUGUAUGCAUGUAGUAUGACCCAUUGGAGAUUUGCUAUUAAUUAAUUUUUAAUAAUAUAAUUUUUUUCUUGCUUCGAUAUUUAUUUGAUAGUUAGAAUUUACCUAAGUACAGUAAGUAGGGGUGUGCUAAUCAGCCUUAUUGCAGCUGAGAGCUAAGCUGAAUUAACCAUUUGCGUAAUAGACUAAAUUUUGAUCUAAACAAAUCUAGACUAUACAAUUACUUUAUGGUUUCCGUGUUUGGAUGGCCUGAUCCAAACACGCGGGAAUGUUGCGAGGGUUAAGAAAAGCGAGCGAAAUCACGAGCCGAAGGCGAGUGAUUUUGCCCGCUUUUCUUAACUCGAGCAACAUUCCCAAGUGUUUGGAUCAUUCCGUCCAAACACGGAAACCAUAAAGUAAUUGUUUUAUAAAAUAACAACAACACGAUAGCCUUCCGUGUUUGGAUGGCCUGAUCCAAACACGGGUUUCGACCAAUCAGAAUACGCGUUAUGUACAUGUUAUUUUAUAAAAAAAUGUCAUCACAGCUUGAAAGAGCAUCACAAAAUUAGUAAUAUUCCAAAGUUUCGUUGCGAAAUGUUGUAAAAUGCGGAUAAUAUAGCCUUGCGAAGUUUGCAAUUUUCAGUCAGGCAUUUUAGAUUACAAACGGGAAAUUGACAGCCCCAAAGGGUAUAUUGGGCUGUCAAUUUCCCCCGCGUAAUCUAAAAUGACUGAAAAUUGUAAACUUCACAAGGCUAUAUUAUCCGCAUUUUACAACAUUUCGCAACGAAACUUUGGAAUAUUACUAAUUUUGUGAUGCUCUUUCAAGCUGUCUAGACUUGUUUAGAUCAAAAUUUAGUCUAUUACGCAAGUGGUGAAUUGCGAAGGACGCUGCAUCAACCUGAUCGAGUUGAAGGCUUUUUAAUUAAGGGUCCCCUGGCAGUCACCUUAUGACUCAUUCGCGGCUCACCCUGUCAACAUUAUAGCUGUGGGUGGAAACCGGAGAAAACCACGACUUUUGGUAGGGCAUUGACUGACUCUUUUCUCAUAUAAGUGUGUUGAGCGAAUCCUCAAUCAAUCGCGCCAGCGAAUCCUCCAAGUUUUUCAAAUUUUCCUCUUCGUCUUAUUUACUAGGUAUUACCUCGCCAAACGUGUGGUCUUUUUACACAUAAUUUGUUUUUGGAAGAAUAUCCUGGUGGGAAAGAGGUCCUUCUCAAAAGUAUUUAUGGAGGAGAAUUGUUUCAGGUUAUAGUUACCAAUCCGGUGAGUUUAUACUGUAAUAGUUGCAACUGUGCGAUGAGUUACAUGUAAUUUCAUCAUAUUCACAUAAUACUGGAUACCUUGUGAAGUAUAUUCAUUCCUUGGACUGGAUCAAAAUUAAUUCACCUCACUUUAGGUAGUGAUUUAUUCGUAUGAGAUGUUAUUUCCAAUUCGGACUGGACUAGAUCUCAAGUCCUAGCAUUUUGCUUCAGGCCUCGCCUUCGCCUCGGACUUGAUCAAACUGCGCGGACUUGAAAUCUAGUCCAAUCCUCAUAGACAUAGUCGGAUUUGAAAUAUUACUUCACACAGCUGUCUGUUAUCAGACGUCUCUGCUUACACUGGCACUGUCCGUUUGAAAGUGUACUGUAGAAGUACGAUUACAGCUUUGGAAUCGCAAAUUUCUCCCUAGUACAAUUGACCAUUUGCGUAACAGACUAACUUUUGAACUAAACAAGUCUAGACCAAAAUUUCAUCACAGCUUGAAGGAGCAUCACAAAAUUAGUAAUAUUCCAAAGUUUCGUUGCAAAAUGUUGUAAAAUGCGGAAAAUAUAGCCUUGUUAAAUUUGCAAUUUUCAGUCAUUUUAGAUUACAAACGGGAAACUGACAGCCCCAAACCCUUCGAGGCUGUCAAUUUCCGGUUUGUAAUCUAAAAUGACUGAAAAUUGCAAAUUUCGCAAGGCUAUAUUUUCCGCAUUUUACAACAUCUUGUAACGAAACUUUGGAAUAUUACUAAUUUUGUGAUGCUCUUUCAAGCUGUAAUGAAAUUUUUGCUGAGAUCAAAAUUUAGUCUAUUACGCAAAUGGUCAAUUGCAUAGUGAAAUAUAUUUUUCGUAUUUUCAUUAUUAUUAAAAGCUGGCGAGUAGUCUGUUCAAAUAUAUGCAACAAAUUUCCCUAGAUAAAUAUAUGAUAAUAAUUAUAUCUAUUUCAGGUCAAUAUCUUCAUGACCCAUCUUUCAAACUAUGGCAAUGAUCGUUUGGCACUGUACACGUUCACCAACGUAAUAAAAUUCAUUCAGUGUUGGACCAACCUUCGCCUUAUGUCUUUGCCUCCACUGGAACUUGGCAAGAAAUAUUUUGAACUAUUUCCUGGCGAGAUGGAACCAGUAUGGCAUGUAUGUCACUUUUCUUACUGUAACUGCUUCGUGUUCAUAUGAACGUGAGAACCGUUGUGACCGUAUCUACGACUUUAAAAUAAUUUUUUGUAGACAAAAAAUCAAAGAAAAUAGAAUCCAAAUGCUGUCGGUUAGCCGACGAACAUUGUUUGCCAGUGGUUAUCAAACACUGAUUAUUUACCAUAUAUGCACUCUAAAACACUAUAUAGGUUAAAAUUCCUUGGUUAACCUAUAGAAGUAACACUAUUUGGGUUAACUUAAUAUUCCAGCUUAUAAGAAGGAGAAAGGUUAAAAUAGCCAGGAAUAUUAGGUUAACCCAAAUAGAAUUAUUUCUAGGUUAACUAGAAAAAGGGGAUCCGGAGUGUUUUAAGUGCGUGGUUAUUAAACACUGAUUAUUAUAAGUACAUAUAUGAUUAUUGUAAAGAAAUUGGACGACAUUUACAACAAGUGAAUGUGGAUAUAAUUUAUCAAUAUUUUAGGUUUCCAAUAAUCCAUUUCUUAUUAACAUGCCCAAUCUUAUGCAUGGAAUUAAUAAACAAAGGAUUGCCACCACCACUUGUAGCUUGAAAUCGUAAUUCUUUAAACGGUUUUGGCCUUCAAUUUCAUGCAAUAUAUAUUAUAGCUUAUAGCCUGUACCUGUGAUUUCAUGGUUGAAAAAUUACUGCUACAUAUUAUCCGGGGUGGGGGGCAGUUGCAUGCUCCUGCAUGGCCUUUCGCUGGUUAAAAAAAAAUCAUUUUCAAACUUGAAAUAGUCCUUGCACAAGAUAUUUUUUAUGUACUUUAAUAUGUUGAACCUUUACGUACAGUACACUGAUAGUCAAACGAAGAAUUAUCAAGACCGAAGUUUGUGUUAUGUUUAUAUAUCUUUUAUAUCGUACGCUAUGACGUUGAUGUUUUUCAACAUGAUGUUGCAACUCCAUAUCUGAUCAGCAAUGAAGUUGAUAUGACGACACCAUUCGCUGCAUGUUAACAAAUCAUAAUCAGAGAUUACGAAUUAUUUUUAAAAUAGUUAAUAAAUACGUUUAUCUUUCAGCACCCUUGCAAAGAUCCACGUCAUAAAGAGAUUUGGCCAACUUGGAAAUCAUGUAACCGACUUCCUUCCUUCCUUAUUAUUGGCCCACAGAAAACUGGCACAACGGCCCUACACAUGUUUCUUUCUGUACAUCCCGAUGUACGUCAAAAUAACCAAAACGAGAAAUCUUACGAAGAAACACAAUUCUUUGCUUCUGUGAACUACUACAAAGGCUUAGGUUGGUAAGUAUGACACAAUUAUUUGAAACCUUUAUGCAAGAGCCCAAAUAUACAGAAACAAGUUGUCAGCCUUGUUUUUCAUUUAUUAUUGCAAGAUUUUGAGCUGGUAUGGUAAAAUACGAAUAUGUACAGUAUACAGGAAAAUAGUAGGUACUCCGGAACACCGCGAGCACUAAAGUGAUUUCAUACCAUAUGGCUGGUCAAAUUUAGCCUGGGCCAUUGACUUGACAAGUCCCUGUUGGCCACCAUACUAUCAAAACAACCUCAAAUAACGGCCUAGAGUAUACAGUAUUGGUCUGCAAUAAAAGCAAUUAACAUCGUACCGUUGUUUCAGCAAUCGCUGUUCGUGUCUCGCCCCAAUAAUGGCCCCAUGGCAUUAUUGAAUCAAAGUUAUUUAUAGAAAAGUGUGUAUUGUACAUGAUUUUGUUGAUUUGGACCCCAAACUUGCCGAAUGCUUUACAGUAUAAUGUGUUUUGCAUAGAGAAUUUCGUGUUUCCGAAAAUACUGUAGUUUAAAGCACGCGUCAGAGCCAAGAUGCAAACAAAUGCUCUUAUUGGUUGGGAAAAUUUUCCAGGAUUAAAAACGAAUGCCAUGUUUUCGUAGUUUUAAGUGCUACUAAUAAAAAGGAGAAAUUUGAUGUUCUAACAUGCUCUGAACACCAGCAACUGCCCCUGUCCCCUCCCCUCUUCAUACCUGCAUGAGAUUUUAGUUUUAUGGAGGUAGCCUAUCUUCUAAAGAGAGCUAAACUGUAUCGACAUAUCCAUGUUUUAGCCUGGAUCAAAACGAGGAUGAAAGUGCAUGAGAGUUGGCAGUCAUGCACGCGACCUUAAAUGGCUGUCCCAACACAAUCCUAUAUUCAAUGUACAAUAAGUUAAAACAUCGCUGGAACAUUCAUCAUUCAACCUUGAUUUUGACUAUAGAGGUUGAAAUGACCCUCGUAACAAUUCGUGACUGCCAACCCUUAUCAUCUGUUGUCCUUGUUUGAACGGAGGCUUUAGAUAAAUGGGCCAAAAAAAUAUGUGGGUUUUCGGUUUCCCGACCCUACCUAGCUUUUGGACGUCGAAAUCCCAACCCUAGACUUUUUUAUUGGAUCAUGCUUGUAAAUGUUUCCUCUUAGAGGAAAAAGUUUUGGGAAAAUUGAAAUUUGAGGCAAUAUUAGGGAAAUUUAACGUUGGAUGUGGAAGCACUGACUAAGCAAAAGCAAACAAAUGUGGAAGCACUGACUAAACAACUAUCUAUCGUGGAAGCACUGACUAAAACAAGUGGAAGCACUGACUAUGACUACUAUAAAAUCGUUAAUAUUUUCUCAUUUCUACUUUUUUCAAGACAUUUAUAUUUAUCCUAGAGAAAACUUAGACAACACAACUUUUAUCUAAGGCACAUAAAAUAAGCAAAUAUUGUUUAACUGCCAAAAUAUGAAACAAACAAAACGAAACUCGGCAAAAAACCGCGCGAGAAUUUAUGGUUUUUCUGAGUUUUUUUAGACUUUCCAGAAAGACUUCGGAGACAAAAUUAUACAAUUUAUUUAGAAAAAUCUUAGAUACGGUUGUCAAUGGAGUUAAAACAUCCAGAAACGUACUUUAAUAAGUUAAAAUUAAGGAUUAAAUUAGUAAAAAUACAUCGUUAAAAUUUUUGUGUAUUUAUUUUUGUACACAUAUACCUGCGAACAGGCUGUACUUGAGCACCCGAAAUUCGGCUUCACCCAAACAUAGGCCUUUAUCAUAGGAGUUAUCGUUCCAGUUUACUUAUAGUUCAAUAGUGGAAGCACUGACUAAACAAAUGUGGAAGCACUGACUAAACAACUAUCUAUCUAUCUAUCCGGUUGUUAGGAAAAUUAAAAAAAAAAGUUAAAAAAAAAAAGUUAAAACCGACCUACCCUACCUAAGUUUUUAUAAGAAGAAACCGGAAACCCACAUAUUUUUUUUUGGCCCUGGCUUCAUAAUGGCGUACUAUAAAUGUUAUAUCAUAAAAUAAUUUUCUACAAAACAAUUAGAGUGACUGAAAAUAAAUGUCUUUAGGUACAUGAAUAAUUUUCCCGAUGUCCCUGAGAAUAGCUCGACGCUGUUGUUUGAGAAGACGGCGAAUUAUUUUGAUUCCAUGAAAGCUCCAAUGCGGAUGCAUGCGUUGCUCCCGGAUGCCAAAAUCAUUGUCAUCUUAAACGAUCCUGUCAGGCGGGCGUAUUCUUGGUAUCAGGUUGGUUGCAAAUUUAGGUAGUGUAAUUAACAAGUACGUAAAAUUGAGGCGCUUCCAUGAUUUGUUGGAUCGCGAUAGUAGGUUUUCUGCAUGUAAUGACCUUACGUACAAAUACAGGGCGUCCCAAAAAUGCAAUACCUGGGUUCACCUUUUUGCACGGCUAAUAAUUAUCAGUAAGCAUCGAAAAUUCAAUCGACUAUUCAGAACAUGGACUAGUCAAUGCUUUAUGGUGCAGUAUAUAUCUAAUAUAAUGUCUAGUUUGUCAAUAUGUUGUUAAGGUUAUUUAUUAUCUAAGUUUGUAUUUGUAAAGCCCCGCUUACACUACACUCAAUUUUUGGUACCGUACCACUCUUUCGGUUCUUGUACUACCUAAAUAGGUAUAGUCCAAGAACCAAAAAAGUGGUACGGGUAUAUUUAGCACAGCAGAUGCCUGAUUUCAUUGACAAAGGGCCGUUGCAUGAUUGAACCAGACUUUAAUUUGAACAGCGAUAACAUUGGUUCGACUAAACCAAUUGUAAAAAAAUUAGUGUCAAAAUUCAUCUCUAAUUUAAUACUUUAAAUUUCGUUUUUGAUGCCCAUGAAUUAAUUAAUAGUUUGCUGUGAAAAAAAUCUGGAACACAGCCAUUGCGUUUGUUCGGAUAUAUGUCAGACGGUCAAUUCCUUUACAUUUUUGUUAUACAAAAAUUGUAUACAUAUUACAUCAUAUUGCAUCGUAACAUAUGGAAAGAACACUGAUUUUAACUUGGUAAAGUUAAUUGUAAAACUGGAAGUUAGUUUUCUCGUGUCUUUCAGCACAUGCGUUCACACGAUAACGAGGCGGCGUGCAAUGUUGGAUUUUUUGACUUGCUAACGUCGCAUGUCAAUGCGAGUGCUCCAGUGAAGAGUUUAAGAGGUCGUUGUUUGGUGCCAGGUUUAUAUGCAGAACAUUUGGAAAGAUGGAUGCUACAUUUUUCUGCUGUUCAGGUUAGAUUGAUUAGAUGCAAGGGUCUAUUCUUUGUUUGAAAUGACGUAAUUUUGGGAUUUCAUUUCACAAUUCAUUUUGAUGUAUUGAUCGAGGUUAGAGACAGUUUAAGACUCGAAAGGUGAAUUACCGUUCAAUUUUUCUUGCUAAAACCAUUCUGAUAGGAGAAAAAUCGUUCAUAAGUUGUUUGAUUGCCCGUCAUUUGGAUGAAAAGUCACGUGAUUGCAAACAAAGAAUAGUGCAAGGAUGGGGGAAGGCCUCAUCAGUCUUACGAUUUUUAUCAAGACAGAAAUAAUCUUUGAUUAUAAAUAUAACAUUGUUUGCUAAUAUAAUUAGAUUGGGCAGCAUUGUAUAAUUGAAAUAGCAAUUUAUUUCUGUUCAGUCUUUGAAGUUAAAACUAGUAAUGCUAAUUGUCCUGACAUUCAGGAUGUAUUUUUGGCUUAAUAUGAUAACACUAUAACUGAUCUAAACAGCAUGAAAUCAGAGAGCUAAGAUUUGAAAAUUUUCUAGACGUUCAUGCAUCAAGGCCUCCCUUGAAGAGGUUCUUCUGUCCCCCCCCCCCCCUUAAAAUAUUAGAACUGCACCGCUGUUUCGAUGUUUCACUGUAGGGCACAGGGAGGAAAAAGAAAGAUUCGUGAAGAAGUAUGUGACCACAAAGAUCUCAGAGAUAAACUUAAAGUUUAUUGCCAAUUACAAGAAAUAGAAAACACUUUCCGUGUUUCUAUACAGUUACAGAAACAUGUGUGCAUGGGAGUUUAGGAAAACGAGCUCGGAUUGAGUUUUAUAAUAUACAGUAAUUCAAGAAAGGGUUUUGAAAUCAAAGCUUCGAGAUGGGAAAUUCCUGUGUUUCUACACAGUUAGGGCUUGUUUACACUUGCAAUUUUUGCUACGAUUUCUAAUGCGAUUUUUCGACGCUCAUGUGCUAUAAAUGUUAUAUAAUUCCUUUUAAAAACAUUAAAAUUGAUCAUGUUUUUAACGAUAUUUAUUACCGUUUGCAUGCAUAGAUUUUAAGUAUAGGUAAUCAUGCGAUGGCGAGUACAAUUAGGGAUUAAUCGUACGAGUGAUGUUUAACAUCACGAGUACUAUUAAUCCCUAAUUGUACGAGCAACAUCGCAUGAUUACUUGUUUAUUAUUAGCAUGACAAAAUUGGAUACGUACUUCUCAAUGUCAGCAUCAUAUUCUCUCGCCAAAGCCCAGUCCUGCCAGACUUUCAACCAAAAUUUGGUGCUUUUGUUUGUAUUUUCAUUUAGUUCUUUUGUUCAAGCAAAAUUUGGUGCUUUCAUUCGUAUUUUCAUCUAGUUCCUCCACGGCAAUUUCAUUUCACAUUUGUGUUUAAAAUACCUUUCCGCCAUUUUGUUUGUUUUGGGAAAAUCAUUAAUUGUACUGCAGUACAAUUAAUGAUGGUAAUAGAACGAAUAGGAGUGCUAUUAA